UAGUUUCAAUUUCUCCAACAGGGCACUAGCCUUACCUCCUUCUACGACCAGAAAGAAUAUAUUGGAAGAAGUGCCUACUACUGGAAGAAAACUUUGCUUGCUUUGAAAAUGAUCAAAAAGCACAAAAGUAUUCCUGAGCCUACUGAUCCUCUGUUCAACCAUUUCCAUAGUGUGGACAUUCAGGUCUUUCAGGUUGCAGCCUAUGAAGAAGAGGCACAUAUAGCAUUUGCAAUGUUGGACGCGGUUGAAGGCAAAACCGAUGAUGCUUUAUUAGCAUUUGAAGCUAUUAAGAACGUGGUUUCAUACUGGAAUCUUGCCAUACUUUGCCAAAGAAAGGCAGAGGAGAUUGAGAGCGAUGAUAUGUUGCCAGAAGAACAAGAAGAGCACAAAACCUAUCUUCUUAAAAGAAAGCAUUACCUGAUGAAGAUCAUCAAUGAAAGCUCCUCUGAUCCAUCAGUAGCUGACAAACUGCCAGUAUCUAUGGAAACUGUAACGGAAAUGCUGAAUGCAGUGAGCCAGGAGCUUGGGGAGAAUGAUGAAGAGGAAAGUUUUGCCUCCGGAAACAUCUCACAAGCUGCACAUCUGGAAGUAAAACAUUCCAUUCCAUCACCUAAGAAAUUAUCUUUCUCACCAACUAAUACCUACAAGUUUUCUCCUAAAACUCUUCCUCAGUGGGCAGAAGAUCAUAAGUCCUUACUUCAGAUGCUCUGUCAGCAAGUGGAAGCUUUAAAGAAUGAAAUGCAGGAAAUGAAACUCAACAGUUCCAACGUAAGUGUAUCAUCUCAUCGGUGGCCUGCUGAAAGCUAUGGAACUGAUCCUAUGCCAGAUGGUUAUCAGAGAGCACAAAAUCUUCAUGAAGCUCCUUUAACGGUUGCUACCACUGGCCCAUCUGUGUACUAUAGCCAGUCACCUGCUUAUAACUCACAGUAUCUUCUAAGAACUGCUGCAACCAAUGUAACACCAACAAAGGCGCCUGUCUACGGCAUGAACAGACUUGCACCUCAGCAACAUAUAUAUGCUUAUCAACAACCGAUCCACACCCCACCUCUGCAGAACACUUGUGCCGGUGUGUUUCCUCAAGACAUCUAUGCUACACCUUUGCGUUUUGAUGCUCCUGCUGCUGGAAUCAUUUCACCUCGUGGAGGCGAUGAUUACUACAACUACAGUGUUCCACAGGCGAGCACCAAUCCACCACUACCUGAACCAGGCUAUUUUACAAAACCUUCGGUUGCACCCACGACUUUAAAACCUGCAGAAUCCAAAGGGGUAGAAUUUUCAAAAGCUAAAUUUGGGCAGCCGGGAGCAGCUGAAGGGUCGAAGCCGCCUCAGCCAACAACUUUUAAAUUCAACCCUAACUUCAAAUCUAAUGAUGGGGACUUCACCUUUUCUUCUCCUUUAGCUGCCACACAGCCUGCUAAUGGAGCUUUUAACAGCAGUGAACGCCUUUUGAAGCUUUUAACAUCAGACAAACCUUUACAAGAUGAGAGGUGCAUUGAACAAAAAGGAGUUAACAGUCAUGCAAGUGGCCAAAGAAAUGUCUUCAGUUUCAGUAAUAAGCAUACUUCAGGUGUCUCUCUUACAGACAGCGUGGGACAAAAUGCGCAUAAAAACCUGUCUUUUGAGAAGAGUGAAAUGUUUAACUUCCAAGAACCAAGCAAGCAAUUAUUUAUGACUUCAAAUUCUGACUUGGCCAAUAGAAGUCAUGAAACAGAGGGAGGAAGCACCCAUGGUGGUGAUGAGGAUGAUGAUGGACCUCAUUUUGAACCUGUGGUGCCACUCCCUGACAAGAUUGAAGUAAAGACAGGCGAGGAAGAUGAAGAAGAGUUCUUCUGCAACAGAGCUAAACUGUUCCGGUUUGAUGCAGAAUCUAAAGAGUGGAAAGAAAGAGGUAUUGGAAAUGUGAAAAUACUGAAACACAAAGUAUCUGGCAAAUUCCGUCUCUUAAUGAGAAGGGACCAAGUACUAAAAAUCUGUGCAAAUCACUACAUAAAUACUGAUAUGAAAUUAACUCCAAAUGCUGGAUCAGAUAGAUCAUUUGUAUGGCAUGCUUUAGAUUAUGCAGAUGAGCUGCCAAAGCCAGAACAGCUGGCAAUUCGAUUUAAAACACCAGAGGAAGCAAUGCUUUUCAAAAGUAAGUUUGAGGAGUGUCAGAAUAUGUUAAAAACAUCAGGAUCAAGUGCUGAUGCAUCCUUGACUCGGAGCACUGGAACUGCUAAAGAGGCAACAAGUCAAGAUACCAAGGAGUCUUGCGGGUCAACAUUAGGGAUCUUGAACUCCGUAUUUCGGUUCUCAAAAGAUAGUGUGACCAGCGAAUCUGACAGCAAAGGCAGUUUUACAUCAACGUCAACUGCCCCUGGCACUUUUUCAUUUGGAAAGGAAGCCAUACAAACCUAUUCCUCUGGUGGAUUUGGACAGUCUCCCUUGAAGAAGAAUCAGUGGGAGUGUAAAGUAUGUUUAGUUCCAAACGAAGCAACUGCUAAGAACUGUGUCUCAUGCCAAAGCCCAAAUCCAGAUGUGUGGGACACACAUGGCAUCCCGGUAAGUGAAUCUGCUGCAAGUUUCAAAGCCAGCAGUAGUGCCACACAGGACAAAUUAGGAUCUGCCUUUGCUAAAAAGGAAGGUCAGUGGGACUGUAGUAUCUGUUCAGUCAGAAAUGAACCCACUGCCACAAAAAGUGUUGCCUGCCAGAAUCCAAGCAAAACUAAUUCAGAAGUAUCUCCUCAACAAUUUUCCUUUAAACUGGAACGACUAGAUGCUCCAAAGACCACUCAGAAUGAGUUGGGAACUGCUUUUUCACUGAAAGGUCAGUGGAACUGCUCUGUACGCCUCACCCAGAGCAAAGCAAAUGAUGAAAACUGUCGUUCUUGUCACAGUCCUAACUCUCAAGGUCAACCACAUGUGCCAGUAUCUGCUGUUCAGGCGCUUCCUGCUCCCAGCUUUGGAUCUGCUACUGACGCAGGUAAACCUCAGAAGAAUGCAUUUGCAGAGCUUUUUGCUAAAAAGGAAGGACAGUGGGAUUGUAAUACUUGUUUUGUAAGGAACGAAGGUUCCUCACCAGCUUGUGUAUCUUGCCAAACACCAAAUCCAUCUAGUAAGCCUACCAGUGAUGUUUCGUUGUUGACUUCUGACUUGAAAAGUAAAUCAUCUGAACCUGUUGGAGGACAACUGGGAACGGGUUUUAAGUGUGAAUUCUUAGGAAAAAGCUUUAAGUUUGGUCAUGCUGAUCAAGGGAAAACACCAGCAUUUACAUUUCAGAAUCUUGGAGAUGCUGAAGCAAAACCUGCAAAGGAAGGAUUUAACUUUUCAAUGUUGAUGCCUCCAGGUGGAUUUAAAUUUGGCAUACAGGAAUCCAAUAAAAAUACUAGUAAGAAAGAUGAUCCACCCAAGGAGUGUACAACAGACUUGAAAAACAUUGACGAAAAAGACAAAAAUGAACUGCCUUCAAGUAGUGGAGUUACACUCCAAUCUGAGGAAACAGCAGACAAGGACAAGGGUGAGUUUACUUUUGGCCAGAACAGCAGUAGUACUUUUACUUUUGCUGAUCUUGCAAAAAGUACCCCCAGUGAAGGCUUUCAGUUUGGCAAAAAAGAUCCUAACUUUGAAGGCUUCUCAGGUGCAGGUGAACAGCUGUUUUCUUCAAAGGUUUCUCAGACUGGUCACAGAGCAAGCACCUCUGCUGAUCUUGGUGAAAAGGAUGACGAUGUGUACAAGACUGAGGACAGUGAUGAUAUUCAUUUUGAACCGAUAGUUCAGAUGCCUGAAAAAGUAGAGCUGUUUACAGGAGAGGAGGAUGAGAAAGUGCUGUACUCCCAAAGAGUGAAGCUAUUCAGGUUUGAUCCAGAAACAAGCCAGUGGAAAGAACGUGGGGUGGGCAACCUGAAGAUUCUUAAAAAUGAAGUGAAUGGCAAAGUAAGGAUACUCAUGCGACGCGAGCAGGUACUGAAGGUAUGUGCAAAUCACUGGAUCACAACAACUAUGAACUUGAAACAGCUGUCGGGCUCAGACAAAGCAUGGAUGUGGAUGGCCAGUGACUUCUCUGAUGGCGAUGCAAAGCUGGAACAGCUGGCAGCGAAGUUCAAAACACCAGAGCAGGCUGAGGAGUUCAAACAGAAGUUUGAAGAGUGUCAGAAGCUACUGCUAGAUAUACCACUGCAGACACCCCAUAAACUUGUCGAUACGGGCAGGACAGCUCAGCUUAUACAGAAAGCAGAAGAAAUGAAGACCGGCUUAAAAGAUCUCAAAACGUUUCUGACGGAUGACAAAACUAAACUAGCAGAAGAAGAAAACGUAAACUCUGCCUGUGCUGGUGGCACUUCUGAUUCUGUUACAGAGCCACACGCUGAAGGUACUGGGCCUGCUGUGGAGUGGAGCAACUGUGAGCUGCGUGAGGAAGCAUUGGAUGACAGCUUAAGUAGCUCUGUGUAUGCAUCACCUCUUGCAAGCAGCCCUGUAAGGAAAAAUCUGUUUAGAUUUGGAGAGUCUACAGCAGGCUUCAAUUUCAGCUUUAAAUCUGCCUUGAGUCCAUCCAAAUCUCCUGCCAAGCAGAACCAGAGUGGAACAUCUGUGGGCACGGAUGAAGAUUCUGAUCUUACUCAAGAGGAGGAGAGAGAUGGGCAGUACUUCGAACCUGUAGUACCUCUGCCUGACCUUGUGGAAGUGACUAGUGGCGAGGAAAAUGAGCAAGUUGUCUUCAGUCAUAGAGCUAAACUCUAUAGAUACGAUAAAGACACAAACCAAUGGAAGGAGAGAGGUAUUGGGGAUAUCAAGAUACUGCAGAACUAUGACAGCAAACAAGCACGUAUAGUAAUGAGAAGGGAUCAGGUACUAAAACUCUGUGCCAACCACAGAAUAACGCCAGAUAUGAAUAUGCAACAAAUGAAAGGAUCUGACAGAGUAUGGGUGUGGACCGCAUGCGAUUUUGCAGACGGGGAAAGGAAAGUAGAGCUGCUGGCAGUGCGGUUCAAACUGCAGGAUGUUGCAGACUCGUUUAAGCAAACUUUUGAUGAAGCAAAGCAAGCCCAAGAGAAAGGCACAUUGAUAACGCCUCACGUUUCUCGUACCAAUACAGCAAAAGAAUCUCCUUGUGGUAAGAACGCUGUAGCUGUACUGGAAGAAACUACCAGGGAAAGAACUGACCUCAGCCAUGGUGAUGAUACUUCUGACACUGUUGUAGAAGCUUUAGAGGUAUCGAGAAGUACCUCUGAAACGCCACCCAAAACAGUGGUUUCUCCUCCAAAGUUUGUAUUUGGAUCUGAAUCUGUCAAGAGCAUUUUCAGUAAUGAGAAGUCAAAGACAUUCACAUUUGGAAAUACUUCAGCCACCGGUUCCCUCUUUGGAUUCAGCUUUAAUCCUCCAAGAAAAAGCACAGAUGAUAUUUCAGCAUCUCAGAAAGCAGAACAGAAAAAAGUGGGAGUAGCUGAACCAUCCAAAAGCUGCAGUGCAUCUCAGAAACCUUUGGACAGCAAGGCAUCCAAUGUGGCUCCCUCAGCACAAGAUGGACCCUCCAACUUCUCAUUUAAAAUUCUGGAAAAAGGAUUUAAUUUUAGCCUUUUUAAAUCUAAUCCAAUGGCCUUUUGGACAAGCACAUCUUCCUUGCAACCUGCUAGUAAAGGUAUUUACACGCUGCACUGAAUGUGUGAUGAAAAACACUUGAGCAGG